GUUUCACAUUAGUUAAUCUAAAUCGAAUUGGGCACAAAUCUGAUCGAUUUAUAUUAGCUUCACAAGCGAAACAAGUAUUUUAUGUGAAUGAUCCUUCAGACAACCAAUGGUCAAUUGUUCUUCCAACGCAAACAAGAGAAUGGAACAUUAAAGAUGGUGAUUUACAUGAUAUACCUCUCGGAGAAGAACUUGUCACAUUCACCGCAAUAGAAGAUAAUGACGAAGUUGAUGAUGAUUGUAUUUGUUUCCGUGAAAAUGGUGAAGGAUUGUGGGUUGAUGAUAAUGGGUCUUGAGAUGGAGGCUGAUCCUUUUGGUGGUAGUUCUGAUGAGGGAGAGCAACGCCCUAAUUCUCAGUCAGUGGAGCAAGAAAAUAAAUCUGUGAGAGGACGUACAUGGAUGUCUAGAAACACCAAAAAAAGGAGUGAAGGACAUCUUACUCCUGUUGAAUACAAUGAGUAUGGUCAACUAGUGGGUGGAUCUAGAAGUAAUGUUUCAUCACAGCUUGGAUCAGUUGUUCGAGCAACUGUGUCCAUCAACAUUAACAGUUGGAAAGAUGUUAGUGUGGUGGAUAAAAAUAAAAUAUGGGACACAAUGAAGAAAACUUAUGAUUUGGACCCCAAACAAAAGCAACAGAUGUUGAAGGAUGCGGGAAAGUACUUCCGAAAUUGGAAGACUAAUCUUACUAGGGUACACGUUUACGACGCUUUGAAAAAAUACCCAAAUGAGUUCCCGCCAGCUUUGCCAUUUGGAUUUGAGAAUGUCAUAACUCCGGAUGAAUGGUUAGCGUUUGUGAACUCAAGAUUAACUCCCGAGUGGCAAAGAAAGAGAGAGGAGAUGCAAAAUUAUCGAGCACUGAAUAAAUACAAUCACAACCUCUCUAGAGGAGGCUAUGUGUGUAUUGAAGAGAUGUUAAUGGAACAAAGUGGGAAAAGUCUGACUGAACUUGAUAGGGCAGAUUUAUGGAGCAUGGGUCGUCGGAAUGCAAAAGGAGAGCUAAUUGGAGAGGCCUCUGAGAUUCAAAAAAAUAUUGAUCAUUACCGGCAACUCCAAGCUGAGGGUAAAUGGGCACCUGAUGGCCCUGAUGAUGUGCUGACGAGGGCGUUGGGCACUCCUGAGCCUCGAGGACGUGUUAGGGCUGGAGGACACGGUGUGUCCCGCUCAGUAUAUUGGAAUACUCCAACACCUACCUCAACGAAAAAUAAAUCAAAAGCCUCUUCUUCGAAUGACGACAUUAGAAAGGAAUUUGAAGAAAGAUUUCGAAAACAAGAAGAAGAGCAUCGUCAACAAGCACAACGCCUAGAAGAGCGCCUUCAACAACAAGAUGAGCUCUUGAGAAAAUUAUUGGCCCAACAGAGCGGGUCAGGAUCUAACGUUGGAGUCCCACCAGCGCCAUCAUCAUACUAUGUGCCCGACCCACCAGUGCCACCAGCGCAGGCGUCCUACUAUACUCCGGACCCAGUAGUGCCUCAAGCAGAACACCACAUUGUUGCACUACAACCGCUUUUGCAAGAGGGCCGAGCAUGCCAAUUAGCAAUUGGUUCGGUUUCAAACAUUGUUGCAUCAGGUACACUCAUUGAAAGAGAGGCAGGCAACAACUUCCAAGUUAUGAUUACGAGUGUUCUUAAAAAUUUUAACUCGGACUUCUUCGAGGCAAAGAAUGAGUGUAGAUGUAGUUCUAUAGAUAAUAUAGUGACCAGUAAUAAUAGCUCGGUCAUGCCUUCUGAAGAAGCCUUUGACAUCUACACUAACAUCGACGUCAAAGCUCCUGCGAGCAAGAAGAGAGGAAGUAGACGACACCCUGGGGAGAGUAGUAGCGACCCCUCCAAGAAAAGGGCUCGAACAGAGGACCCUUCAACACCAACACCUUCCAAGGACACAACCCCUCCUCCAGCUCCUUGCAACACGACUCCUCCAGCUCCUUGCGACACAAAUCCUCCUGAGCAGUCAAGAAAUACUCGGGUCGAGGCUAUCUUGAACACUGAUUAUAGCUCGGCUAACGACAAGCUGCAAAAACUGUCAAGACACCGUCAUAGCCAAGAAGCUUUCAACAACAUCCCCACCAUGAAGACCAACCAGAUUCUCAGCCGGACGCUGAAUGAAAUACUCAGUAGUGUUCUGACCAUGAGUACUGGUUGGCGUCGCUCUGAAGAGAGUGAUGCCAAGCAUGCUGAGGAUAUCAAAGCAUGCAAGGAGAGGGCUAAAGCGUGCGAAAAGAAGGCCAAAGCAUGCGAAGAGCAGGAUGAGCUGGUGGCCAGCCGGCAGGAAGUCACCGAGCUGGAGGGUCGAGUAAAGCUGCUCGGGGAAACAAAUGCUGAAAGGAGUAACUUUCAACUGCUUCUACUUGUUCUGGAAGAACAAUCCAGAGGUGGACUUCGACUACCUCCCUGA